UCCCACAACCAUCCCAGGAUCUCGUUCACUCCCCGCUGUUCCGUUCUCAGACGAUUUUGCGAUGCAGAACGGGGAUGCCAUCUACAGUCUCUUCGACGACACCUGCAAACAAGUUGUAUCAUACUGGGACAGAUACCGUUUACUCUACAAGAGGGGCCCCACUCAGGCCCAGUUAUGUGAACAUUUCGUGGUCACCCUUGCCGAGACGGCGUCAUCGUGUUCGGAAUUCGCAUGGGGAACUGGCUCAGACAAUCUCGGCUUCCGAUUGACCCCUGAUCAAUGGUAUCACUUUUGGCUUCUACGUUGGCCUGCGCACUUCUGCUUCCGCGUUCAAGUAGUGGAACAAGUGUCUGAGUCAGCGGGCGAAUCUGUAGCACUCGGUUAUGUGGAUUGCUUAACGACUCUUGCGAGGGGUAAUGAACACGCUUCUCAAUGUGAGAUAGUAAGAGAGAAGAGUCAAUUUACUGUUAAUUCUGGUUGGAAGUGCACAACAAUCUACCUUGUGUACGCCUACGAUGCCGUCUACUGCCUCGACACCUCAAGCAUCCAGUCCGAGGUUGAUAGACAGACCAAGGACAAUCUGCGGGGUUGGGAGUCCACGACACAUCGCGACAAGUGCAUGUAUCUGUUCAACAAGUUCGCGAGACCUGGAGGAAAGGGUCUACGCCAGAUCGUCGAACCGCUCAUGUACUGAGACAUGGCCUUCCGUGUCUGUUGGCGAGGAAGGGGGUCGUUCCGUACGAUACUGUCACGUCUAGCACUAUCACAGAUAUCUACUCUUAUGUGAUUUGAGUCUGUAGGCCGUGCCUCUGCUACCAAG